AUGGACACGGCAACUGACGUACCAAAGAAAAGGAGAGCGCUGCCCUUCAAGCGCACCUUUGUCCGCGCACCAGUCAACGAGCCACCCCCAAGCCAUGCGCCAGAAAACAAUUCUGAUGAUGAUGACCCUCUCGCCUUUUUUCGGCGGUCAAAGGACGUCUUCCCAAUGGCCCUGGAGGACUUGAAGCGAGCACCAUCAGAAGAAAAGGUAACGCCUUCCGAGUCGCCAAAGUCAGCAGAACAUGUCAACAAGAAACGGAGGGUGUCCUCCAAUGCCGACGGUGACAACGAAGCACUUGGAGCCUCCUCUUCUAGCGUAUCAGCACCAAGCAGGACGUCUGCUUCGCGCGUUGACUCGAACGACGACGACUUGAUCAUGGACGUCAAAGGCAAAGGCAAAGAAAUUGUACGACCUAACAAAGGCCGGUUACCGACUCCUCGAAAGCCUCUUUCAAACACACCACGAAAGUUGGGGACUCCCUCCAAAAAGCGCUUCGCCUUUAGCGACGACGAAGACGACCACGGGAAGGACGAUCUGUACUCCCCGCACUCGAAGUGUCGCAACCCCGAUCGCUUCUCUCCAAAACCCACCGCGCUCGGCCGCAGCACCCGGGCCACUAACCGCGGCAGCUCGCCGUUGGAAGGGUUCGAGACCUCCUUCAACCUCCCCGGCGCCUCCUCCACCUCCAAGAGGAAACCCUUCCGAAGAGGCGCUCCUUCUUCCGUUCAUCUCCAAUUCCCCCAACCGCUGGCAACCCAGCAGACGAAGCCACAACCACCAUCGCCGAAUAAGGUCGACGACGACGACGACGACUUCGCCAAAUGGGUCACCAAAGCCGCUGCGCUACAAGCCGACCAGGCCGACUGGAGCAUCGGCGUCAUGGUCACCUCGCGCAUGCCGCACACCAAGCCGCUCGGCGUCCGGCGACGGAUGAAGCAGAGCCUGAAGCUGGUUCUGGACACGUGGAUCCUGCACCAGAAGAACAACGACCUGCAGAUUUCGGACCAUAUUCUGGACAAGCUCUUUUUGACGUUUAAAGGGAACCGAAUCUACAGCAACAGCACCAUUGCCUCGCUGGGCGUCAAAGUUGAUGCCAACGGCGUUUUGCAGCUGCCGCCUGGUGCCAUGACGAGCCGAGAGGCUAUGGAUGGGUAUACCAUCCAAGGGGGAACCCCAGGGCUGGUGCUGGAGGUUUGGCACGAGGAGUUUUACGAGGACGAGCUGGCGAAGGAGAAGAAGCGGAGGGAGAGGGAGUUGGGGCUCUUUGACGAUGACGAUGACGAUGACGAGGAUCAGCGAAGCGGAACUGGUGCGUCUGGUGGUGCCAAUGGGUUGUCUAGAGGUGGGAGUGAAGCUGCUGCCCCUGAAGUCAAGAAAUCCAAGAUUAAAGUGGUGCUCAAGGCCAAGGACCUCCAACCGCUCAAGAUUGCGGUUUAUGAGGAUACGCCGGUUGGUACCAUGGUUCAGGCCUUCAGGAAGCAGAGAGAUAUCGCGCCUGAGAAGGCCGUGGUCAUACAGUUCGAUGGCGAGGCGCUGAAAGAAGAUAUGCUGGUCGGAGCGAUGGAUAUCGAGAGGGACGAUACGAACCAGUUUGAGGUCUACAUCAAGUAA